GCUCAAGACCCCUCGGCGCAAACCGCGCAGGCGGCGCCUCUCGGCAGGCGCGCCCGUGGAUCUGCAGCGGUGGCCGCACCGCCCACCGCGGGUGGCCGGGCUGCGCCACGGGCCGAUCUCCGCGCGGCGUCGCGGGGGGAACAUGGACGACAGCGCACCGCCGCAUGCGGCAGUGCGUGCGUGGUCGAGCACGGCAGGUUCGCAAAUUCAGGAGGUGCUGUUCGAGCUGAACAACAAGGUGGCUGAAGAGGCAGCGGAGCAGCAGGCGAUUACCGAGAGGAUGAUCGACGACAGGUUCGCCGCGAUGAGACAAGAGAUGUGGGAGAGGCUGGACGAGGUCAUCAAUCAGAUGGAUGUCCAGCGCAGGGACUUCGAGGAGCAGCUAGCGGCGCUGACCCAGGCCACUGAGGGCCAGGUUGCGGACGCCCCCGAGGACAAAGUGCAAGGCAGCGCCCAAGGAGGCAACAGCCCAGCUGGUGGCCUGGACGUCGAGGCCGAGUCCGAGUACCGCAGCGAGGCCUUCAGGCUGCUCCUGGAGCACGUGGACAGGCAGCUCAAGAAUGAGAAGGCGGACCUCCGGAAGACGACCGCCACGGCGGCGCGGGCGCUGCAGCAGGACCGCAACCGCAGGGAGGCAAUGGAGAAGAGGCUGGAGCAGAUGCUCGGGUCCUGCAUGGUGGAGUCGGCGGCCAUGCGGGCGGAGAUGGACGCGCUGCGCCAGGACGUCGCCGGCCAGACUCCGCCUGCGGAGCCAGCCCCGCAGCCGGCCCCAGUGCUCGACGGGGCACUGGCGGAGCUGCGGGCGCGGUUGGAGGAGGUGGAGAGGAGCCACCACGGCGGCCACCACCACCAUCACCAUCACCACCGCAGAUCAACAAGCAACGUCUCCGACUCCAACAUCAGCGGGACGACACCGUACCAGAUGGAGACUUUAGACAAGUCGGUCGAGCAGCUCAAGCAAUCGCCGCGGCUCUCUGGCCCACAGAUGGACAUGGAUGACAACGACAGGAGGAUUCCGGAGGUGGCCUCGGAGACCUUCGAGGCCGAGGGCGGCGAUUGGGACGAGAAUCACGAGCAGUCGCAAUGGACUGGAACGGGUCUGGACGAGAACGGACAGCUAAAAGAAAGGACGUCGAUGCGUCGCGAGUAUGUGUCAGCAGUGAUGCUCGAUUGCGGCGACAUGUACGAGUUGAACGAGUCAGUUUGGGACGUCAUGAUGUUCGCGGGUCACCCAGCAAUCGGCAGUCUGAAUACAUCUGUAUUGUGGGGAAUCUAUUUCCUAAAUUUGGCAUUGCAAUGCAUGUUCAUAUUCUUGGUUCAACACCUUUUGAUGGAGGAGGUGAUCUCUCCACAAAAUCUCGACGGCCUCCUGAAGUUUAGA